CCUUUCUGCCGUCAACCGUGGCGCAGCUUCGCCCCCAGAAGGCCUCAGAGCACGACUAAAGAGAGUGACGGAGCGCUUUACGACAGUUGCUUUGUGGCCGUACCGGAGGAGGAAGAUGGCGGCCACCUUAGUAGCUGCUCGGGGAGCGUGCCCAGCACCAGCCUGGGGGCCUGAGGCCAUUACCCCCGACUGGGAAAACCGGGAAGUCUCAACAGGGACCACUAUCAUGGCUGUGCAAUUUGAUGGGGGCGUGGUUCUGGGAGCCGACUCCAGAACAACCACUGGGUCGUACAUCGCCAAUCGAGUGACUGACAAGCUGACCCCUAUUCACGACCGUAUUUUUUGCUGCCGCUCAGGCUCAGCAGCUGAUACCCAGGCAGUAGCUGACGCAGUCACUUAUCAGCUUGGUUUCCACAGCAUUGAGCUGAAUGAGCCUCCGCUGGUACACACGGCAGCCAGCCUCUUUAAGGAGAUGUGUUACCGAUACCGAGAGGACCUGAUGGCAGGAAUCAUCAUUGCGGGCUGGGACCCCCAAGAAGGGGGGCAGGUGUAUUCGGUACCCAUGGGGGGUAUGAUGGUAAGACAGUCCUUUGCCAUCGGGGGCUCCGGGAGUUCCUAUAUCUAUGGCUAUGUCGAUGCUACCUACCGGGAGGGCAUGACCAAGGAAGAAUGUCUGCAAUUCACUGCCAAUGCUCUUGCUUUGGCCAUGGAGCGGGAUGGCUCCAGCGGAGGGGUGAUCCGCCUGGCAGCCAUUGCAGAAUCAGGGGUAGAGCGGCAGGUACUUUUGGGAGACCAGAUUCCCAAAUUCACCAUUGCCACUUUACCACCUCCCUGAAUCCUAGGAUUCUAAGAUACAACAAGAGACACCCCAUACUGAUGACAAAAUUCAAUAAACAGUUUGUCAGUGAGAA